AACAAAAGCCUCUCAUUUCUUAUCUCUUAGUAUGAGAGAGCAGCGAAUGAAUACAUGACAUGAUUUUCCAUCCUCUUUUAUUGAAAUAUUACUUUAUUCAAUUUAAUGGAGUCCUUGAAUUGCAGCAGAUCUGAUCGGUCUGGCAAUGGCGGCGGGCUUCACAUUGUGAUGUUCCCUUGGCUUGCGCAGGGCCACAUUUUGCCAUGUAUUGAGCUCUCCAAGAGGCUCUUAGAUCAGACCAAUAUAAAAAUCUCUAUCAUUUCAACACCUCUGAAUAUUGCCCAGAUCAAGCUGUUCUUCAAAGAGAAAGAAUUGAAUCUGAAUCUGUUGGAGCUUCAAUUGCCUUGCGUGGAUGGAUUGCCUCCUGGGAUGGAAAACACAUCCAAUCUUCCAACCCAUCUCACGCUUCCUUUCCACAAUGCAGUCAAGGAAUUGCAGAAACCUCUGGAAAUUCUACUGGGGCAAAUAGCACCAGAUAUUGUCAUUUUUGACCAUGUAUUAUGCUGGAUUUCCAAAGUAACCCUAAAGUUGAAAAUAAAGUCGAUAGUGUUUUUCACCCACAGCACGGCCUAUGCAGGCUAUGUGUUUUGUCCUGCGAGAAGAUCUGAAAGCAAAGAAAGUACAGCCGACGGUUUACUUAAACCGCCGGCAGAUUUCCCAUUUACUCCAUCUCGAUAUCGACAAUCUGAAAUGGCCGCUUUGCUACCCAUCUAUACCUUUACAUACCCAAGUGGCGAAAAAUUCAUAGAUCUGACAGUUGACUGUUAUUAUAAUUGCGCUGCAGUGGCUAUUAAAUCAUGCUAUGAAUUAGAGGCAAAGUUUAUAGACUAUUUCCAGCGGGUAACUGGAAAUACAGUGAUUCCUGUGGGUGUUCUUCUGCCUCGUCCUUAUCCUGUGAAACAGAUUGAGAUUCAUGAUGGAAUGCCUGAUUGUUUGAGAUGGUUGAAGAACCAGAGGCCUGGUUCUGUUGUUUAUGUGUCCUUUGGGAGUGAGUAUUUUUUGUCUGAGAAGCUUAUAGAGGAGAUAGCUGAAGGAUUAGAGGCCAGUCUUGUGCCAUUUCUGUGGGUACUGCGUUUAGCAGGGUACUUAGAUGAAGGCAUGGAUGAAGUUAAAAGGAGGGUUUCAGAUUCAUUGCCUCGAGGGUUUGAGUCUAGAGUUGCAGAAAGAGGAAUGGUGGUAAGUGGGUGGGCUCCUCAGCAGGAGAUUCUGUGUCAUCCAUCAACAGGGGCAUUUGUAAGUCAUUGUGGGUGGAGCUCUUUGAUGGAGGGACUGGGUGCUGGAUUGCCACUGAUUGCUUGGCCCAUGCAGUUGGACCAGGGAUUGAAUGUUGAGGUCUUUGUGCAUGAAUUCCAGGUGGGUGUAGAAGUGGAGAGAGGAAGUGAUGGAUCUGUAAGCAGAGGGGAUAUUUGCAAGGCUGUUAAGAUGGUUAUGGAUGAAGAGGAGGGAAGAUUUGUGAGGUCUAAAGCUGCAGAAAUGGGAAAUUUGUUUAAGGAAAAGCUAUUGGAGGAACAAGGAUCUCAAAACAAAUAUGUAGAUGAUCUGGUGAAGCUUUUUCACAGAUUAAAACUUCAAUCCAAAAAAUGACCCAGUUCCCUAUGAAAUUGUAGUUGUUAGAAAUGGUACGUCUAUAUGUGGCACCUCUGAUGCAGAGGUACCAGAUUAAUGAAUUAUCUUGCUAUCACCAAGAAUAAUAAUGAUUUUUGUUUUCAGUUUAAGUUUAA